AUCCUUUUUAUAUUCGGUCAGAAGCAACAUUCAAUUCAAUCUUAAAAGUUCGUUUUUUAACACACAAUCAAAACCGAAAAACAAAUUUAAAAAACAUCAAACGCACACGUAUAACGAACGAAAAGUGAUCGAUAUUUUUUAAAUACAAUUGUGUUACGCCAAGUAUCGCCCUGUUCAUUUUCAUGGGAAUCAAUAUUUGAACAGUGUUGUGUAUUCGCUUUUUUCAGUUCUCUUUGUUGCAUUUUGGUUAACCGUUUCUCUGGAUAAACAACGGCUUCUUGGUUUAUUCAAUCGAAAAAAAGAGAAGAACAUAACAGUUGACACACAGAGAAGGUGAUUGUUUUGUGCAACUUUUUUAUUUUAUUUAAAUUUCGAAAAGCAGAUAUUUUUUCGGUGAAUCAAUUUUAUAUUUUCCAGAUUGAAUUUGAGAAACUCCAACGAACGUAAAAAUGGGCUAUAAGAAUAUCACUUUAGCUGAGCUGAUGCUGUUGAGUGUGGUAUUGGGUGGAGCGUUUGCAGUGAUUGAAACGCAAGAACAGUUGCCCGCAAAUGAGAAUCAGUUGAGCAAUUUGGGUUCAUUGUCAUCAUCAGUAUCAUCAUCGUUGUCAUCGAAAUUGAGCGAAUCAGCGGUACCUGGUAAAAGUUCCCGCUACAUCAUUCGAUUUGCUCGUACGCCGAGUUCGAUGAUUCGAUUCUCGCGAUCUCCAUCAUCUCAGAUACGUUUCGGCCGAUCGCAGCCAUUCGUUCGUUUUGGCCGUAGCGGUAGUGAUCAGGGUGAUGAUAAUCGGGCCAACAGUCGUUACCCCGAAAAUUUCAUUCGAUUCGCUCGAAGUGGUGUGGAGGAUUACUAUUCGCCCGACGAGAGCAUUCAGGUUGAACCACGUAGUGGCGGAGACAGUGGCUUCAUUCGAUUUGGUCGAAGCCAAAACUUUGCACCAUCACCGUCCAAAGCGGAGGCCCUCAGAGCGAUAAACUGGCGAAAUUUUUUGCGACUUGGACGAAACACAAAUGCAAACAUUCGAUUUGCCGGCAAACGGGACGGAAGCAGCACCGCUAAUCGUCAUAAUGCAAUUCCAAUCGAGAUUCUGUUGGAAAAACUUGCACAUGACCAAAAGCCGGUGCACAGUUCGAACACAGACACCCAGGGUGAUCGAAAUCUGGUGAAUGAAGACGAACAACCGAUCGACGCAAUCGAUGCGAAUGCCGAUCAAUUCCAAGCGGCAUACAGCAAUGGCAACGAAAUUGAACAAAACUGAUGUAAAUUCACUUUUUAAACGAAUAUGUGAGGAAAUUAGUGCAUAUGAUUUUUAAUUUCAAUUACUUUCCUUCGAUUUGGAAUUGCGUUGCAAACAAUGCAUCCAAUUUGCCCAAUGUUAUUUAUGUUGUUUCCAUCAAUUCAUCAUCAGCGUUGAACAAAUUCCAGACUUUCGAAAGAAUUACUAUUAUUAAUUUUUUUUUUUGUCUUGUGAAGGAAAUAAUGUAUUUUGUCUAAAAAUGAAUACGACCAAAGUUGAAGCUUAAUUUAAGGAUACAAAGAAAAGAAGAAGAAGAAGAAAAAAAUGAAGAAAAAAACUAUGAAACCCCGAUAAAAACACCUCUUUUCGGAUAUACACAACAAUGCCGUCACGGCCACCACCGUGAGCUCACUGGAAUGCAAUUAUGGUUCAAUUUAUUCAGGAAGAUAUAAUUUUUUUUUACCUCUCACUGAAAGCAACCCAGAAUGGAAAACAGCAAUUGAGUGUCGUAAGAAUUAUUGAAUUUGGCUGGUUUCAAUAAUCCAUGCGAUUUUCAAGAACACAAAGUAUUUAUGACAGCAAAAACGAUGUGAUCUCCAUAUUGAAUUCGAUUGUACUAGUUUUGGUUUACCAAUUGACACGUCAAAAUAAAUAAAAAUUUAAAAUUAGAACCAAAAUGAUAUUGAAUUGUAAGCUGUUAUUUCAAACAUGUGAUUUUCAGUAAAUUUUGACUGAAGUCUCAUACAGAGAAUCAUUUAUACAUUCAACGCAAAGAAAAAACCAACAAGGCGAAAUCUAAACCAAAGAAAAAACCAACAAGGCGAAAUCUAAACCAAAGAAAAAAGUAAUUGUGAAAAACAACCAAAGUAAUUUAAACAUUAUUUUUUCGAGUACUUCAAUUUUUAUUAUUGACGAUAAAUAGUAAAUUCAUUGAUCAAUUUCAAAAUACCCAUUUCGAUGACACAUUCAAAUUAAAUAAAUCCAUUCCAAAGAUUUGCUCAACGACAUACAUUACAAUGAGUUUAUAACAUUCAUGGAGGAAUCAAAUAUGUAAUCAAAAAUCAACAAAAAAAGAUAUAUUGUACUUAUUAUAUAUAAAAUAUACAAUAAAUGAUCAA